AUGUUGGAAGAGACGGUAACGGUUGAAGAGGAUCCUGGGACUCCAACUUCCCAUGUGUCAAUAGUGACCUCCGAGGAUGGAACUACAAGGAGGACAGAAACCAAGGUUACAAAAAUGGUAAAAACCGUCACCACGAGAACAGUUCGUCAAGUGCCACUUGGUCCAGAUGGUGUACCUGUUAUAGAUGCCUCCUCUCCUAUCAGUGGAUAUACAGAUUCUAUUGACAGACGAUAUAUGAAAAAUGGAGAGCGGUUUAUUACCCCACAGGCAUCGUCAACUUUGACAAGAUCCUACAACAACAGCUACAAUGACUCUUAUGGAGAUCAUCAUGAGGCCCCUUACAGACCUUUUAUGACACCUGAAGGCUAUGGAGAUAUAGCAGACAACUAUGGAAGCUUGUCCCGUGGAAUUAAUUAUCGCCCUCGAUAUGCCUACACUCCAGGCAAUAAUUAUCGUCCUGAAGAUGGCAGCUAUACCCUCCCAUCUCGUAGGGAAAACUAUGUUCCUAUUGCGCAACCACAAGUGCCAAUUGGCAGUAGUGUGGACCUGAACCGGUCCCAACCUGAGCGUUUCCAGCCAGAACCAUAUGGUUUAGAAGAUGAUAAUCGUAGCCUUGGAGCAGAUGAUGAAGGGUAUGAAUUGGAUCCAGAUUACUCCACUAUGAACAGAAGAGUCCUUCCUGGAAUGCCCAUGACUGGGAGACCACACAAGCCAAGUGGCUAUGCCGCACCACUGGCUCAACCAGAGAGGGGAAGUCUGGCCAGCAUAGACCGCCUAGGAAAGCGUUCACCUUCCAUCGACAGCAUUCGCAAAGAUCCCCGAUGGAGAGAUCCUGACUUGCCUGAAGUCAUUGCCAUGCUCAAUCAUCCCAUUGACCCUGUCAAGUCCAAUGCAGCUGCCUAUCUACAGCACUUGUGUUAUGAGAAUGAUAAAAUAAAGAAGGAAGUGAGACAACUCAAAGGCAUUCCUAUCCUUGUGGGAUUAUUAGACCACCCUAAGCCUGAAGUACAUCGUAAAGCCUGUGGAGCCCUCCGUAACAUCUCUUUUGGAAAAGAUAAUGAGAACAAAGUUGCCAUAAAGAAUUGUGAUGGUAUUCCUGCAUUGAUUCGGCUUCUGAGGAAGACAAAUGACAUGGAAGUCAGGGAGCUCAUAACAGGUACUCUGUGGAAUCUGUCCUCGUAUGAACCCUUGAAGAUGGUUAUCAUCAACCAUGGCCUUCAAACAUUAACUAAUGAGGUGAUCAUUCCUCACUCUGGCUGGGAGAAUGAACCCAAUGAGGACUCCAAGCCCCGUGAUGCGGAAUGGACUACAGUCUUUAAGAACACAUCCGGAUGCCUAAGGAAUGUAAGUUCAGAUGGCGCAGAAGCUCGUAGGAGGCUGCGGGAGUGUGAUGGGCUGGUGGACGCUUUACUACAUGCGCUACAAUCUGCUGUUAGUAAAAAGGAUACAGACAACAAGUCUGUGGAAAACUGUGUGUGUAUCAUGCGUAACCUUUCUUAUCACGUCCAUAAAGAGGUGCCGGGAGCAGACAGAUUCCAUGACUUAGACAAUACACUGCAGAGUGGGAUUGGUGGACAGCAAAAGAAAAAGAAAGAUGAUGCUGGCUGUUUUGGAGGCAAAAAAGCUAAA